AUGCCCGGCAGCGGCUCAGACUCGGAUCCCUCUCAGCCGCCCCGCAAGACCCUCCAUCGCGCCCAGGGCCAGCUCAAACGCAAUGCCGCUUGUCAAGAGUGCCGCAGGCGUCGAGUAAAGUGCGACGCGGCUCGGCCCACCUGCCAGAGCUGCAUACGCUCCUAUCACUUUCUCUCCAGAACGUAUCCUGAUGCAGAGAGGGACGCCAAGGGGGUGCAGUGCCAUUACGGGGAUGAAGACUACAACACCGACCGGCCGCAAGAGCCAAUCAUUCCACCUCGGCCACCGAAGCGGAAGGCCGGGACUGCAAAGGGCGAGGCAGAGCAAAAGAUCAAACUGCUCGAGGACAAAGUCGUCCAAUUACAGAAAGCCCUCGAGCAGUCGUCACCUUCCAAAUCUCCGAGCGUGGCUCUCGAAAACACUUCGCCGGGGCAGCCCCAAACCGCAGCAAAGGAGUCUGCUCUGCCUACAAACCGACCCACCCCACUAUGGUCAGAAGCACAAGGUACCACCCCGUUCCCUGCCAGCGCAAACAGCACCUGGUCCCUCAACACCGCCCCAGCGAAUCCAUACGACCUCAGCCAGUCCUUUCCGGACCCUCAGCACUUCAGUGUCUUGAAGCCUGCCGAUGGCCGAGGGUCUGUAAAGCACCGACUGGACCACUUUGAGCAGUCUCUCGAUCCACCGGCUGCCGAUGCCGAGGCGGGUAGACUGGGGCCUGCUGUACUGGACAUGCUCUGGCCUGGAUGGCCACCCACACUACCGACACCUUCCAUGGUCGACCAUCUCGCCGAAGUAUUCUUUAAAUUCGUCCCUUCCAUCUCCCGAGUGAUCAACCGCCAGUCCUUCUUUGCCCGUCUCUCCCUCCCUCCCACCCACUCGGAAUUCCCCCAACGUGCCCUCAUCCACGCCAUCUGCGCGGUCGCAGCCCGCUAUACCGCUGCUGUAUCUGUACGCUCCGUCGCGGAUAGUAUGAAGAUUGUCACGGAAGAGGCAAAGCGGGCCAACGGGAGAGGGGCAGAGACGGAUCUGAGCAUGGAGACGUGUUUUGCAGAGAGGAAUGCGGGGUAUGCGAUGGAGUUUAUGAAGUAUAACCAUAUGAACGCGAGGGGAAUCUUUGACAUCCUGCAAGCUAUGAUCGUAAUGGGCCAUUGGGGUCAAGCGCACUCGCGAUGGAUGGAAGGCUGGGUCCUCAUGGGAGGCGCUACCAGACUCGUCAUCGCCCUCGGUCUCCUCGAACACACACCCCUAUCCCAGCACCUUUCCCCCCCCGUCAGUCGGUCCAUCUUGGGCCCGCCAAAGACGGAUGCGGAGAGAGAAGAGAGAAGAGCAGCGGCGUAUUACGUGAUGAUAUAUGAUACCACGCAGUCGGCUUCUUCUGGAUGGGCUGGAACGCUGCCGACGGCUGAGAUGAGUGCAAGGAUGCCAGCGUCCAAAGCAGACUUUGAGAGAGGCGGUGCCAUACCAGAAAACUUUCAAUCGUUCCAUUCCCGAGAUUUAUUCUACAACCACCCCAUAGUAGACUCCUUCGUCCUCUUGGUUAAGGGCCACGUCCUCCUGCACCGCACAUGCCAGUUCAUCCGCCGCUGUCGUGCCAUGGACCCGGACGAACGAGAGCUGUUGAGAGACGGCCCCGAGUUCAGGCAGUUGGAUCGGGAUAUCGCCAUGCUGAGCAUGUCGUUCCCUCAAGCGUUGAAGGAACCCGUGCAGUAUAUGACUGGCUAUGCGAAGGGUGUCGACGCUGAUCUUAUCAGCGCGCAUCUGAUACCCCGCAUGGCGGCCAUGUACUUGCACGAGCCGUUUGCACACCUCGAUGACCCCAACUCGGUGUCGGCGACUCGUGUUUUGACUGAAGCCAGAGCGUGUCUCGAUAUCGUUUACCUGGUCAUCAGCAGUAAUGCUGAUAUCUCGUUCACUGUGACCCCUAUCACGUCUUUGUAUCUUUUCACCGCCAGCCGGGCUCUGCUGCUGUUCUACCAGCGUGCUCUGGACACUGGAGAUUCCGCAGAAGCGACCACCAUACAUGGCGAAAUAUCCGUCUUCAAGAUGGCAUUCACCUCCCUCUCUAGCCGUUUCGCUAUGGGCGUCCGCCAUUUAAUCCUGCUCGAAAAAAUGAUGGAACACAUCGAGGAAGAUGUCCUAGGUCAGGUCGUCACCAGCCCCGACUUUUCAGCCCUCUUUUGCCGGCCAUCCCGCGCAUUCCCGAACGGUAUCACCAAUGUCGAUUCCGCCACAGGCCAGAUCCCUGGUAUCCGGGGGCAAGAUGAGAUACCGGGCUUUGCCUCCCUAGGCGGGGAAGCCGUUUUCCCAGAGACGCAUCCGGAUGGGAUGAUUGCGAUCGAGCUCGACAGGUCGGCGGCGCAAGGGAGAAGCAAGGCAGGGCGGAAAGUGCUGCAAGCCAUAUUGGAUCACAAACGCAACUAUGUGGGACACAGCUCAAGGUCGAAUAGUGGGAGUGGGAGUCAACCUGGGUCGGGGGGACCGAGUCCGAAUGAUGCUUUCGAGUGGCUGGACAAGCAGCAGGGGAUGGGACAAGUGCCGAUGCAAGGGCAGGGGCAGGGGAUGGGAGCGGGGUAUCACCCGGGGCCAUCACAUGUGCAGCAGCCGCAUAUGAACACAGCAAGCUCGACGGGGUCGGAUAUGAUGUAUGUGCAGAGCCAGUCGAGUAUGCAAGGGCAGGGGCGGUUUACGAUGUUUGAGUCCUGA